AGAUUUCGCGGGGUUUUAUAUGGGCAUCAUUGCGACUGCGAGAGGGUUUCCGUGUCGUGGACAGGGGUACAGUAUUUCGAAGUUAAGACGUUCCUUUUGUUAUUGCUACUAAGUUUAGACAGUUUUGUAAUCUGCAAAUAGUAAAUAAACAUGGGCAGAAAAUCAAAACAAGGAAAGGAGAAGAAGAUGAAACGGAAGGAGGAGCAAGCUCGUUAUGCAGAGUCAAUGGCAGUGGUUGAAGCAGCCCAUCAGCUUGAGGACCCAAUGGUGGAACUGACUGCCUUCAAGAAAUAUGCAAGAAAUGGGUUGUCAUUAGUAUUAGAAGCCAAAAAGGUAUCAGAUCUUGACAAGUGCAUGAUUGACUGGGCAUUUGCCUUAUUAAAGGCAAACAUGGAAUCAUUGUAUGAGAAGAGCCAGGGAGGAUGGCGAGAACGGGAUAAGCGGGAGGAGAUAACUCAUGAAAAAUCCUGGUUCCUGCUGGCCAAAGAUUUAGAUGGAAAUGCAGUUGGAUUCUCACAUUUUAGAUUUGAUAUGGAUUUUGAUGAAGAGGUUUUAUAUUGUUAUGAAAUUCAGCUAGAAAGCAAAGUUCAGCGAAAGGGACUUGGCAAAUUUAUGAUGCAAAUACUGGAACUGAUAGCUAACAAAACAAAGAUGUCAAAAGUGGUAUUAACUGUAUUCAAAGAAAAUAAAGUUGCAAAUAACUUUUAUUCCAAGACUUUGAAGUACAGUAUCGAUGAUACAUCACCAAGCAUCUUUGAUCCGAUGAACCCUGACCUGUACGAUUAUGAGAUACUCAGCAAGAAAACGCUACACAAAAAACUAGCGGAAAAAGAAUCCCACGCUCACGGUGGAGGUUGCUGCAGCGGUUCCCAUCACCACCACCACUCUGUGUCCGCACACUAAGGCUAUAUAGACAUCGAUUGGUGCUUACUGGCCUAACUUCAGCCAUCGAUGUUAAGUUAUGGGGCUUGAGCUGUAUUGGUUUGGUCUUUCUCUGCCUAGGUUUUCAGUCAAGGAAGCUGCAUGGACUGAUUGAGGAUAAUUUAAGGCCCUGUCUUGACCAUCACAUUUUAUUUGACAAAAACAUGUGACAUGCCUAAAUAUGGUCAUGAUGACAUCACAUCACGAUCAUAUAUAGGCACUUCACGACUAUAUAUAGGCAAACAGAUUUUUGUCAUAGAAAAUUUGAUAGUGCUUAACAAUUCACUGCUGGCAACAGUGAUUUAUAUUUGUAAGAAUCAUGUAUUUAUCAUUAUAGAUGGUAACUGCACCCAUGAGGGCGACAUUUUGUACAGCGAGUCUAUACCAGUGUCCACCUUUUAUAUACUGAAAAGAAUAAAUGCAUUCUGUAAACAGUUGAGCAUUUGAAUAUUUAGCCUAUUUAAUGUAGAUGUUAAUAAGUCCAUGGCUUGCCUUUUGUAUUUGCAAAACUAGGUGACAGCAGAUCAGACUUUUGUUUGUUGGUUACUAUUUGAUCAAACUUUGAUGGAGCAUACUUUGUUUCACCAGGUGUGAAAGAAGCAUACCUUUUCAAUAUCUGAUCAAACAUCAAUCUGAUUGAACCCUGAAUAUAUUUAUUUCAGCAAACCAUGGCAAUUGAGUUAUGCUCUAGAUACUGAAAAUUAAGCAACAUGUGAUGGAAUUUUCCACCUGUGUGGAUGACGAUAAAUUCGCAAAGCUUAAUGACGCGAUUAUUAUAAGAAUUGACUGUACCUCUGCUCAAUUCUGCUGUAGAGUUGAACUAUUUUGGCGUGUAUAAUUAAAGCCUGACACUUGCUGCGUCGUACACAACUGUCGUACAAUGUAUCCAACUCCACUCCCUGUGAUUGCUAGACGAUGCAAUGCCGUCUAAAAAUAAUCGGUUGCGUGCGUGUCGAGCACAGUGAGAGUCUGGGUUACAAUGCUUGAAAGCUCUCUUGCUACAUAAUUGCUUAUGUUCGCUUUUGUACUCACUGCUUAACAACAAUUUUCAAUGCAAGUGGGUAGCUGUAUUUAUAUAAAUAAAAUGAGAGAAAAUGGUAACAAGAUAUCAAUGUGUUGUGAUUUCAAUAUUUAGUACCAUUUUUCACUCUAGUGUAUCUCAUGUACAUGCCACUUUAAACUUGCAACUGAUAUACUGUACUGUAGUAAAAGUAAACAAAAAGGACAGUAAA